UUGCGAUGAAGAGGGACAGGACCAUGCUGACCACUCGAAUGGGUUGUUCCAUGGGAUAUAUGCUGCGCGGCCUCACGGGGUCUGGAGCGGACAUGCUUGUGCGCCUCGAGGUGUUCAUACGCACCGCACAUGCAUCGACAUAACCAAUAAGCCUAAACCUCAAAUUUGACUGGCCAGCGCCACCGCACUGGCCUGGUUAGAUUCCAAGAACGAAAGCCAGACUGCGUGUGGGGUCAGCACGAUCCGGAAUCAUCGCAUGACCGGCAGUCCAGACUGUCUGCAGCCCAAAGUCGUGGACAGGUCAGCCGACACGAACGAUAUCGCAGGGAUCUGGCUUCGAGCAUGGUCAUGGAGCAGGUCCUUGGGCAGGAGUAUAAAAGGCCCCCAUCGGUCGGUCGGCAGCACAGCACCACCCAACCUUGCCUCCGUCUCAAGAUCUACUUCAAGAUGAGGUUUCUCAGCAUUGCCUUGGCUGCCGUUGCCUCCGUUGCCCUGGUGAAUGCCAACUGCGUUGGCGGCAACGCCUGUAUCUCGGACUGCUACAUCUCGUGUGGAUGGCAGGGUGCGGCAUCACCUCCCGCUGUUCAGAUGCGCUGCCAGAACUGCAUCUGGACCAACUGCGGCACUUGCACCACGAACGCCCCGGCUCCUCCUCCUCCCUCCCCUUCUCCUCCGCCUCCUCCUCCUCCGCGCCAAUGCAUCGGUGGGAACGCCAAUGCCUGCAUGGACGAUUGUUAUAUUAGCUGUGGAUGGCAGGGAGCCUCGUCCUCUACUGCGGUCCAGCUCCGAUGCCAGGCAUGCAUCUCGAGCAGCUGCAACGGAUGCUAAGACCAGAGAUAAUGCCUGGGUCGUUGCUCAACAAAGUGAAAGCAUUCUCGGCGACCAGACACUUGGCAUCGCUGGAAGAAAUAGUGUUAGUUGAGGGCCUGGUCUUAUGUGGUGUCAUUCUAUGUGCUUGUUUGGCCUAAUCUGGCAUCCGAAUACAUAUGGAACAUAUGGAGAAGGACAGCACUCGUUUUCUCUGGCAUCGGAAGCCUCGGGAUGGCACUCCUGUCGUUGUUGGAAAUCCAGCGGUUUGGUUGGCUUGGGACACAGUCUUGGUCCAUUUCCUGUGGCGACGAUCGACUGGUAUUGAU